UGUACAUCAACAUCAACGCCAAUGAUCCGUGAGACUACCAGAUACCGCGAGGAGUAAAUGGGCCUGAAUCCACCAGAACUUCACACGUUUGCUCCUUCGUUUGACACUCAAGGGCCACACAGCCCAGGUAUCUUUUCACCUCUGUAAACCGUUAAACGGCCUCCCCACAGUGAUACACAAGUCAAAGGCACAGUAGUCAGCGGGCCUGCGUGUGAAAGUCAACCACCAGCCUCCAAUCCCCCGCCCCCACCUGCCUGCCCUGCGCCAGGAAACUCCAGCCCCCUUCUCCCUGGAAUCAAAACUCUGAAGGAAACGGGUGAGUCCAGAUGAGACUACAAUUCCCAUCAGGCGUAGCGGGAGCGGGAUCACGCACGCGCAGACCAGACGCUGGCCCUAUUGCCCAGCCGCGGGGCUUCUUGGAGAAGAAAAUGGCAAUACCGAGGCUGCGGCACGCCGUGAGGACGCUAUUUGAGGUGCCAGCGGCGCUGCGGCGCUUGAGCCGAGCUUGCAGCACGUUCCACGCCUUCACGGACGUGCUCAGGCUGCCUAAGAGACAAAUGACGAAGCUCGUGUUCCCACUGCAGGAACUCGAGCGGCAGCUCACACCAGACUCGAGGUUGGACCUUCACGUGAAGAUCUUCGACCCGAGCCUGGAGGACAUCUCCAAGGCGGAGGCCGUCUUCACGGCCACGUCCCGGAACCGCAUCAGCUACCUCAGCUCCGCGGUGCGUCUCGACCACGCCCCAGACCUCCCCAGCCCUGAGGUGUGUUUUAUAGGCAGAAGCAAUGUUGGAAAAUCCUCUCUAAUAAAAGCCCUUUUUUCACUGGUGCCAGAGGUUGAAGUCAGAGUCUCCAAAAAACCGGGGCACACAAAGAAGAUGAAUUUUUUCAAAGUUGGAAAAUAUUUUACAUUGGUGGACAUGCCAGGUUAUGGCUAUAGAGCUCCUGAAGAUUUUGUUGACAUGGUAGAGACCUAUCUAAAAGAACGAAGGAAUUUGAUGAGAACAUUUUUGUUAGUGGAUAGUGUUGUUGGAAUUCAAAAAACCGACAGUAUUGCCAUAGAAAUGUGUGAAGAAUUUGCAUUACCUUAUGUGAUGGUAUUAACAAAAAUUGACAAAUCUUCCAAGGGACAUCUUUUAAAACAAGUGCUUCAGAUCCAGAAAUUUGUUGACAGAGAGACACAAGGAUGUUUUCCUCAGUUGUUUCCUGUAAGGACCUAUCUCUCCAAAUAGACUCUCUCCAGUAAGAUAACCUGGACUUCUUUAUAUGGCAGCUGGAUCCACCAUGAGCAAAAGCAAAUGCCACAAGGCUUUGUUUUUUUCUGGGCCAGAAGUCCCUGAAUGCCACUUUUAUCACAUUCUAUUGGCCAAAACAAGUCGGAAGGGCAGCCAGAUUCAAGGAAUGGGAAAACACACUCCAGCCCUUACUGGAAGAAGCAAUAAAGACACAUUGCAAAGAGGCAUGGACACAGGGAGAAGUGAUUCAUCCUAUGGGGGCCAUUUUUAACAAUGUACUACAGUCUAAUAAACAUUUCUUUUGAAAAUUGUGGUAAAGUUCUCCUCCAAGAUGGCAAUGUAGGAAGACCCUGAACUCCCCUUCUCUCCAGAAUUACCAAAUUACACCUAUCUAUAGAGCAAUUCCUCCUGAAGAAGAACAGCUUUUGCACAACAAAAGAUAGAGAUAAUAGCAAAACCGAACAGCAAGAGAGACAGACAUCGGUAACAAAGGGAACCCCCAACCCCAAAUACUGCAAACCACAGUGGAGAGGGAAAGUACUGAGGUACUAGGAACAGAUUCCUCUGGCCUUGGGCACAGAUAAAUAAAUAAAUAAAUAAAAUCUUGGUUUAAAAGAGCAACUAGCAUAUAAAACUGAGCCCUAGAGUUCCACCAAAUGGUGGAGGAAGCUGCAGGAAUUGAAUCAGAGACUGGAGAAUGACAAGGUUUAUGUCCCUCCACCUUGAAAGCACAGACUGGAGCAGGGGCUAGUCACUAUGCCAACUUUCAGCUUCAGCGAACCCCAGGUCCUUUAAUGCACACCAGCCCCAGUCAUGCUGGGCACGGAAAGAACUUGUGGUUUAAAAGAGCAACUAGCAUAAAAAAGGCCCAAGCUCAGAACUCUACCUAAUGGUGGUGGCAGUGGGAGGGGAGCUAUUGGAACACUCUCUGGAUGGGAGGGACUGGUGGGCACAGUCUGCACUCCUCUCCAUCUUAAUAAUGUAAAUGGGAGCAGAGCCUGGGAGCCCUUGCAGGUCUGCCACCUCAGUGAGCACAGGUCCCUACCCUAUACCAGUUCUAGGCACCCUAAGUCACAGAGAAGUCGAGGUUUAAUAGAACAGUUAACAUAUAAAAGAACAAGCCCUAGAAUUCCACCAAAAGUCAAGGGAGUUGCUGAACUCUCUCCAGGUAGGAGGAGCUAGUGGAUGGGGUCUACACUCCACCUCCACCAUGAAAGCACAGACCAGUGCGUAGUCUGGGUGCCGUAACCAGCUUACCCCAAGCCUCUAGCCCACAGCAGCCCCAGCAAUCUCACCAAAGCAGCCACAGAGUGAUGCAUACCAGGACAUGCCUGAUUAGCAUUCACUACAGCUCCAGUUUUCACACCAAGGUGAUACAGCCACAAAGCACCCUGGAACACUCCAGGCCUACACCACUUCAGCCUCAGACACUUUGCUAGGGCACAUCGGGCACACAGCACUUUGGAACCUCCUGGCUGUCAUCUGUUUCCAAUCCAGUUGCCCUGCCAGGGAGUCCCCUGUGCAGAGCACCCCAGCAACACCAGGUCCAUGUUUGCUUUGGUUUCAGCCACUCCAACAGGGCACCUUCUGCUUGGAGCACCCCAAAACACCUCCACCCACACCAGCCUCAGCUCCAGUCACCUAGCCAGGGCACUUCCUGUGCUAAGCACCCUGAGACAUCACAGCUUGCAUGGAGUUCAGCUUCAGCUGCUCUGGCAGGUUGACCUCAGUGUGGAGAGCUUGGGACAACCCAGCUUGCAGCUACUUCAACUUCAGCUGUCCUGCUAGGACACAUUUUUCAUGGAGAGCCCCAGAGAUCACACUGGCCUAUGCCCACUCUAGCUUUAGCUGUCCUGCCAGAGCACCCCUCUCCCUGCAUGGGAUGCCCCCAAGACACCCUGACCUGUACUCUGCCUAGGCUCCAGUUGUCUCUGCAAGGAGCACUGUGUGGAGAGUGCUGGAACACUCAGGCUAAUACCCACUUUAACUUCAACUAUCCUGCCAAGGUGCCCUCUGUGCUUAGAGCCCCAGGUCCCCCUAGCUUGCACCCACUUUAGUUUCAGCUCUCCUGCCAGGGCACCCUCUGCACAGAGAGCCUAGGGACCUCCUGGUCCACAUACCACCUCAGCUCCAGUUGCCCUGCCAGGGCACCCUGGCUUGCACCCAUUUCAGGUUUAGCUAUCCUGCCAAGGUGUCUUCUGCAUGCUAGGGGCCUCAGGACACCCCAGUUUACACCCACUUUAGCCUUAGCUGCCUUGUCCAGGCACCUGCUUGGUGGAGACCUCAGAGACCAUACCAGUCUGCACCCACUUCGGCUUUAGCUGCCCUGACAGGGCACCCUCUUCAUGGAGAGCCAUGAGGCUCCCAGUCCACACCAGCCACAGCUCCAGCCAGUCAGCAGGUGUCACAAAGAGCCCAUAAUCUACAUAGGAGAUGACUGAACACAAGUCCAUUCCUUCAAACUUAGAAGUUGCUCUUCCACCUAAUUCAUAGAAACAAACACAGAAAUUCAAGCAAAAUGGGGAGAUAGAGGAAUAUGUACCAAAGGAAAGAAUAAGACAAAACCUCAGAAAAAGAACUAAAUGAAACAGAUAAGCAAAAUGCCUGAUAAAGAAUUUAAAGUAAUAAUCAUGAAGGUGCUCACCAGGCUGGAGAGAAGAGUGGAAGAACUAAGUGAGACCAUCUAUAAAGAAAUAGAAAAUAUAAAAAAGAAGUAAUCAGAGUUAAAGAAUAUAAUCACUGAAAUAAAAAAAAUACCCUAGAGGGAAUGAAUAGUAGAUUAGUGGAUGCAGAACUUAUCAGCAAUCUAGAAGAGAGGGUAAUGGAACUCACCCAAACUGAACAACAAAAAUAAAAAAUAUUUUUUUAACGUUUAUUUAUUAUUGAGAGGCAGAGAGACACAGAGCAUGAGCAGGGGAGGGGUAGAGAGAGGGGGAGACACAGAAUCUGAAGUAGGCUCCAGGCUCUGAGCUGGCAGCACAGAGCCCAACGCAGGGCUCGAACUCACAAACUGUGAGAUCAUGAACUGGGCCAAAGUCGGUCGCUUAACCAACUGAGCCACCCAGGCACCCCAAAAAAUAAUUUUUUUAAUUAAGGGAUCUCUUGGACAAUAUCAAGUGAAUAAACAUUCACAUUAUAGGGGGUCCAAGAAGAAGAGAGAGAGAAUGGGACAGAAAACUUAUUUGAAGAAAUAAGAACUGAAAACAUCUUUAGCGUAGGGAAGCAAAUAGACAUUGGUUCAACAAGCACAGAGUUCCAAACAAGAUGAAUCCAAGGAGGCCCAUGCCAUGACACAUAAUAACUAAGAUAUCAAAUGUUGAAGAGAGAAUUUUUAUUCAUUUUUUAUUUUUUAAUCUUUAUUUUAUUUUAGAGAGAGUGUGUGCACAAGAGAGGGGGAGAGGGGCAGAGAGAGAGAGAGAGAGAGAGAGAGAGAGGAAGAAUCUUAAGCAGACCCCAUGCUCAGCACGGAGCCCAGUGUGGGGCUAGCUCAUGCGGGGAGCCCAGUAUGGGGCUAGAUCCUAUGACCCUGGAUUCAUGACCUGAGCUGAAAUUGAGAGCCAGAUGCUCAACCACUCAGCCAGCCAGGCUCCCCAAGAGAAAAAUUUUAAAGCAGCAAAAGAGAAGCAAAAAAUUUCCCAUAAGAGAAACUCUAUAAGCUGAUUUUUUAAAAACUUUUUAAUGUUUUUAUUUAUUUUUGAGACAGAGAGAGACAGAGCAUGAGCAGGGGAGGGGCAGAGAGAGAGGGAGACACAGAAACUGAAGCAGGCUCCAGGCUCUGAGCUGUCAGCACAGAGCCUGACACGGGGCUCGAACUCACGAGCUGUGAGAUCAUGACCUGAGCUGAAAUCGGAUGCCCAACCGACUGAGCCACCCAGGUGCCCCUAUAAGCUGAUUUUUUUAGCAGAAACUUUACAGGCCAGAAGGGAGUGGCAUGAUAUAUUCAAAGUGCUGAAAGGGAAAAACCUAUAGCCAAGAAUAUUCUACCAGUCAAGAUUAUCAUCAUAUUUGAAGGAGAGAUAGGGUUACCUAGACAAACAAAAGUUAAAGGAGUUCAUCACCACUAAAUAAGCCUUAUAAGUAAUGUUAAAGAGAUUUCUUUAAGUGAAAAAGAAAUGGCCAUAAUUAGAUGAAAGAAAAUUAUGAAUAAAACAAUAUAAAAUAUGACAGCAUAUGCAUAAAACAUGGAAGAGGGAGUAAAAAAAGAAUUUUUAAAAAUGUGUUUGAACUUAAAUGAUCAUCAACUCAAUAUAGACUGCUGUAUAUUAGGAUACUAUAUAUGAACAUCAUGGUAACUGCAAACUCAAAACCUAUCAUUGAUACACAAAAAAUAAAGUGAAAGAAAGCCACACAUAACACUAUAGAAACUCAUUAAUCACAAAUGAGAGCAAGAGAAGAAGAAAGGAACAGAAAAACUACAAAAACAAUUAGAAAACGAACAACAAAAUGGCAAAAAGUAUAUUUCUAUCAAUAAUUACUUUAUUUUUUUGAAUAUUUAUUUUUGAGAGAGAAAGAGAGAGAGAGAGUGCGAGUGGGGGAAGGGCAGAGAGAGAGGGAGACACAGAAUCCUAAGCAGGCUCCAGGCUCUGAGCUGUCAGCACAGAACCUGACAGAGGGCUCGAACCCAUGAACCAUGAAAUCAUGACCUGUGCCAAAGUUAGAUGCUUAACAGAUGGAGCCACCCAGGUGCCACUCAAUAAUUACUUUAAAUUGAAAUAGCCUAGAUGUUGCAAUAGAAAGACACAGGGUGAUGGAAUGGAUAGAAAAAGAAGACCAUCCAAAUGCUGCCUACAAGAGACUCACCUCAGACCUAAAGACACACACAGGCUACAAGUGAAGGGAUGAAAAAAUAUUUACCAUCUGAUGGAAGCAAACAAAAAAAAAACCCAAAAAACAAAAACAAACAAAGCUGGAGUAGCAAAUUUUUAUCAGACAAAACAAACUUUAAAAUAAGGACUGUAACAAGAAACAAAGAAGGGCAUUACAUACUGAUAAAGGGAUCGAUGUACCAAGAGGACAUAACAGUUGUAAAUAUCAACAAACCCAACACUGAAGCACCUAAAUACAUGAAGCACAUAUUAACAGACAUAAAGAGAUAAACUGAUGGUAAUACAAUAAUAGUAGGAGACUUUAACACUCCGCAAAUAUCAAUGGAUAGUUCAUCCAGGCAGAAAAUUAACAAGAAAACAGUAUUUUUGAUUAAUGCAUUAGACCAGAUGUAUAUAACAGAUAUACAAAACAUUCCACCCAAAACAACAGAAGACACGUUGUUUUCAAGUGCAUAUGGAACAUUCUCCAGAACAGAUCACAUGUUAAACCACAAAACAAACCUCAAUAAAUUUAAGAUUGAAAUCAUACCAUGCAUAUUUUCCAACUACGAUGGCAGGAAACUAGAAAUCAAUCACAAGAAGAAAAAAACUAGAAAGAACAGAAACAUGUCGAGACUAAACAACCUAUGAGUCAACAAAGUAAUCAAAGAAGAAAUUUAAAAAUACCUGGAGAUAAAUGAUAAUUAAAAUACAACAAUCCAAAAUCUUUGGGACACAGUGAAAGCAGUUGUAACAGGGAAAUAUAUAGCAUUACAAGGCUACAUCAAAAAAUAUAAAGUUCAAAUAAGCAACUUAUUUUUGCUUAUUUAUUUCAUUUUAGAGAGAGAAAAAAAAAACACAAGCAAAGGAGAGGGGCAGAGAAAGAGAAUCUCAAGCAGGCUCCAUGCUCAGUGCAGAGCUCAAUGCAAGGCUCAAUCCUAUGACUCUGGGAUCAUGAC